AAUUACUCUCAAUUUUCUAAAAUACCUAUUGCUGAAAGUUUUUCAAAAGAAAUGUCUGAUGUAAUCAAUUUUGAAAAUUUGCCCGAUGCUCUUGGCAAAUAUGACAAUAUGAGAGAUGUAUUGAGUAAAGUCAGAGAUUAUACACAGAAGAAGCAUGGAAUAAACUUCCCGAAAAUAUUUCGCCAGAAAUGCAACGUUCCGAUCUAGGAACGACCGUCUUGCAACUGAAGGCUUUGGGAGUCGACAACGUUUUGAGAUUUGAUUACCCUUCUCCGCCCCCUUCGAAAAAUUUGAUAAGCGCCCUGGAGUUAUUAUUUGCUUUGGGAGCUCUUAAAGAAGAUGGCGAACUGACGGAGAAUAUUGGUUAUAAAAUGGCUGAGAUGUCCAUAGAACCAAUGUUGGCGAGGAUUCUGUUGCAAUCUGAUCACAUGGGAUGCACCGAUGAAAUACUUUCGAUAAUUUGCAUGCUCCAAGUACAAAAUGUGUUCAUUCGACCUACAUCUGGUCAAGGUGCAAUCAAAGCUCGGAUAGCCCGCAGAAAUUUCGAAGUUGAGGAAGGCGAUUUGAUAACAUUACUCAAUGUAUUCACAGCUUUCAUUGACCACAACUCCAGCAAAGAUUUUUGUAAUAAAUAUUAUCUAAACUAUAAGAGUUUAAAGAGAGCCAAAGAAAUCAAAGGCCAGUUGAAGAAAUUUUUGACAAACAAGUUUGGUAUGAAAAUUGAAAGUUGUGGGAAAAACAUUGAGGCUUUGAUAAGGUGCAUUGUAUACGGAUUAUUUCCUAAUGCAGCUUACUUGCAUUAUUCUGGGAAUUACAGAACUGUACGUGGUGAUUUUGAAUUACAUAUUCAUCCAAAUAGUUGUUUAUAUACAACCCUGCAACCUCCUUUUGUCGUAUUUUGUGAACUGGUUCAUACUACUAAGGCAUAUAUGUCUGAAAUAACUGUGAUCGAUAAGAUGUGGUUAUUGGAAAUUGCUCCGCACUAUUAUCAAGAAUCACCUGAUUUGGUAUUUAAUUCACAAAACCUUUAAUUCUAUGCUUUGAGUGAUGUGUUUAACAUGAUGUGAUUAUCUUAACCAAGUGGAAAAGAAAAAUAAAAAAAAUCGCUCAUAAGAGAAAUUUGUA